AAACAAAUAUGACCCGUGCCAUCAAAACGCCGCCAUUGCUGCUCUGAACACACUCUCCUCGACUGCCUCCUGACUUUGCAGUGCGUCUCACAGCUUCUCUGGGCCCCUUUUGCCACUGUCUUCGCAGUUCGGAGCCAUUUCACAUUCCGUAGACAACAAGAGGCCUGUGUAGAAGAAUCAACGAUGCCGGCUACCGACCAAAACGGCGUUUCAGCCCCGAAGGAAGAGGGUGCCAACAACGACUCCAUCGCCCCUCCCAGAGAAGUCGACGAGCUCGGCAUCCCGAAGGGGGCGAGGACCUCCGAGUUCUACCGAGUCCACGAGAAGUUGCCGGCGAGAUUCGACAACCCGGACUGGUUCCAGGGGUACCGCUCGAAGCCGGGCCCUCACCCGCAGUACCGGACGUCUAACGGGGACUACGGCGGCAGGAACCCGAACGUCCACACCAUGCAGACCCAGUUUCACGGCCGGUCACAGAAGUUCUCCCAGCACCUGGGCGUGUGUGGCAUGUACAGGAAUCACUCCUUCAACACAUACGUGGAGAAGAGCAAGGUCAACGGCGUGGACAAUCUGAUCACCAUGGAGGAAAAGAACAAUUUCCACAGAAGCUACAAUCCCAACGGACCUGCCAUGUUGUGAUGACGUUUUAGAACUGUUUAUAUUAGCCCCCCUCCCCACCCGUUCUUCCAAGGAUAUUACUUGCACAAUACUUCAUGAGAUAUGUACAUAAGUUACACUCUUAAAAUGUUUACAUCACUGUGUACGUGCAGUAAUGGUAUUGUUUAUACGGUGCAUAUGUGUAUUGUGUCGAAUAUUCGCAUUCUUUGUAAAUCACAUCGUGUUACAAAAUGUUAUUUUAUUUUUAAGGGACAAGGUCUACGGGGUCUACACUGUAUUUGCUGUAUAUUAUUAGUAAAAAUGAUGGCUCCCGGUUUGUACUUUGUGACCUUACAGUCAGAAACCAUAGCAAAUGUUUAAGACAAUGGCCUUUUACUGUUUUUCAUAAUUUGCAGUAUUCUGCAUGUUUAAAUGAAUCAGAUACAGGUUCUGUGUUUUCAUGAUUGUUAUUUGCAAAACAGCCACAAUAUUCUGCAUUGCUUCAAUAUGAAGCGGACCUUUUAAACUUUAGAUUGGCAAAUACUGAUCAUGAUCUUGACUGAUAUUUUAUGACUGAAAGUGUGAGAUGUUUGUUAGUACAGUAUGGGAGUUACUACUGUUGCAAUAUGUUAUCAAAUACAUUGAAUACUCUAUUCAUA